AUGCCUCCCCGCCGCUCAACCGGACGGACUGCUCCCAGCCAGCAGUCCAAACUCUCCUUCGGUACACAAUCCCGAGUCACCAAGCCCUCAACCACCGCAACAGGGAAACAAAUCAAGAACAUCGAUCCAAUCGUCAAAGAACUUGCAACUAAAAUAACAUCCUCGGCCUCUGCUUCACCUGCACCAGAAGCCGAUACUGCAUUCCCAGAGCAAGUCCCCGUUACGUCGCCAGCAGCAUCGUCAAAGCCGCAUGUCGCAGAAUUGGCAAUUAGAGAGCAAGUAAAGGAGGAGCUCAGUCAGCCUCAGACGGAUGAGGAUAAGAGGGCAUUGGAGAUUAGUGAUGCGCAGAUUAGACGGUAUUGGAAUGAGGAGGAGCAUAGCAGGAAAGCGCCGAGAGUACAUCAAAACGGGCUUGAUAUGGAUGAAAAGAUUCUACGACAUUUCGACUUGUCGAGUCAGUACGGUCCCUGCAUCGGAAUAUCACGAAUCAAGCGCUGGCGUCGAGCACAUAUGCUCGAUCUUGAGCCGCCAAUUGAGGUCCUUGCUGUCCUAUUGAAGGAUCGCAAAGCCCCUGUCGCGGAGCGGGCAUAUGUGGAUGAACUGCUGUCAUGA